CACUCCAGCACUGUCAUCCGCACCUUGCGCUCCUCCAAGCCAGUUCUGGGAGUCCACAAAGGUGUUCACAUUCACCAUCAUCAUUCAUCAACAGCAGGAGCGUCUCGCAAUAUUAAUAUCAUACAACAAUUAACAGUUUAGUGAGUCUACCCUGCCACAGGGAUGAAGAAAAUGUAGAAAUUAGCAAAGUGGCAAGUGAGCUGUGUGCUUGAGUGCGUGUAGUCGGCAACACAGUUGAUCGAGCACAGCCCUGCAGUGAGGGUCCCGCUGCCUCACUCCCUCACACCUCACACCCUCACCCCUCACACCCUCACCCCUCACACCUGCUCACUCCGUGACAAUGUUUGACGUGUUCGGCACAAUUCGUCAGUUACUGAAGCUGGACAAGGUUAAGAUAGACAAUGUGAUCUUCUCCCUGCACUACAAAGUGACUAUGGUGAUCCUGGUGUCGUUUAGCUUGUUGGUGACUAACAAGCAAUACUUCGGUGACCCCAUCGACUGUAUGGUGGACGCCCUCGACAGUCACACCAUCGACAUGUUCUGCUGGAUACAGUCGACCUUCACCAUACCGUCGCUGACAGGUGCCGUGGUGGGGGAGGAGGUGGCCCACCCCGGGGUCGCUAACCGUAAAGCUUCGACGCUAAACGACCACCACGACGACGGAGAAGAGUUCGCCGUCCGCCACCACAAGUACUACCAGUGGGUCGUCCUCUUCCUCUUCCUGCAGGCCGGGAUGUUCUACGUUCCUCGGUACAUGUGGAAGAGCUGGGAGGGCGGGCGAGUUCGAGGCUUGGUCGGGGAGCUCUGCCUGCCCAUCUCCAGCCCGGACCUGAGGAAGGAACGCAUUAAUAUGGCCGUCAACUACUUCGACAAGAACCUCCACCACCACAACCUCUACGCUUACCAGUUCUUCGUCUGCGAGCUGCUUAACUUUGUGAACGUGGUGGGCCAGUUUUAUUUCACCGACAGGUUCCUGGAUUUCGGGUUCACUAAGUACGGCCCGCGAGUACUGGACUACAGCCAGGACUCGAGCAGCGGCCAUGACCCCAUGGACGAGAUCUUCCCCAAGGUGGCCAAGUGCACCUUCCACAGAUUCGGUCCAUCAGGGACCAUCAUGCGACACGACGCUCUCUGCGUCCUCCCGCUCAACAUCCUCAACCAGAAGAUCUUCGUCUUUCUCUGGUUCUGGUUCGUGGUGGUGGCGGUGAUCUCGGCCUUCGGUCUCCUCUACCGCCUGGCAACCUUCCUCCCAGGCUUCAGGCACCUCCUCCUGCGGGGCCGCUCGCGCCUGGCCUCCGCCGAGAAGGUGGAGGCCAUCUCCACCAAGUGCCACAUAGGAGACUGGUUCAUUUUGUACCUCGUGGCGAGGAAUAUGGACCCUUACGUAUUCAAGGAAUUUAUUAACGACCUGACAUUUGUUAUGGUCGACAAGGAGCACAUCUCGUAGUGUGGUGAUCAACAACUGUCUGUGAUACGCUGGUGUACGUCUGCAAGAGUUCAGUCUUCCGUCAUCAACUCAGUUUCCACAUGAUUGAGCUUUAUACACCAUUAAAAACUGUUUAAAUCAUCCCGUAAUAAAGCGUGGCUGCCUUACUGCCCACUUUGUUAAUUUUGUCAUACUUCACUUUUAUCAUCUUGCGUUGAUUUGUUCUGAAGUAGUUCACCAGCAUUAACCUCUGAUACUCCUUCUAAUCACUUGAUCAUUUUCAUGACAAAUUAGAUUGCUUGAUGGAAUGUACCUUCCCGAGUCGUUUCUGAAGCAGUAUUAACAUAACUACUUUUCAUUUUAUAAAUGAGAAAUUACUGGGGCGAUUUUUGGUUGCUAGGCAAUCAAAGAUCGCCACGGUAAAUGAUAAUUGGACUUUGAAUAUGAUGAGAACAUCUUUGGCGCAGGUUGGGGUUCGAACCAUCGUCCUGAGUAACCCCAGACGCGCACUUUAACCCGUCAUGGCUCAAAAAAAAUUCAUUGAUAUAUUAUGUUAUUGCGAUUUCAUUGUGUGAAUGACUCGUAUAAUGUUUGCACGAGAAAUAACAGUGGAAAAUUAACACAUGUUUUAACUCAAAAUAUAAUUAGGCUUGUAUUCGUACUUGCAAAUAAUGUCUCAAUAGAAAUUUAGUUCUGUAGUGAAUAUCAACUUGACCAGCUGUUUGAGAUAAAACAAUACAAGUUUCAAUAAUAAUAUAUUAACUUGGAAUGUGCCUUUGGAAUAAUCUGACUCAAGAUAUUAAGUUGAAGCAGGUUCAGAAUUUUCAUUGGUUCCUGAACAGAGUACAUACUCGCUUUCAUUGCAAUAAAUAUGAAUAUAUUAUCA